AUUCAGUGUCUUUGAUUUGGAACCUUUCUUCUUAGGAUGGUCUGUGUAUGAUUUGUCUUUUUUUCUUUUCCCAGGGGAAGGCAAAGAGGAGAUUGCCAAGGUGACUUUUGAAGAGUUGAGGCAGCAAGUGGCUCUGUUUGCUGCAGCAAUGAGGAGAAUGGGUGUGAAAAAAGGAGAUCGGGUUGUCGGUUAUUUGCCCAACAGCGAGCACGCCGUGGAAGCCAUGCUGGCUGCGGCAAGUAUCGGGGCCAUCUGGAGCUCCACAUCCCCGGACUUCGGUGUGAACGGUGUCCUGGACCGGUUUUCUCAAAUUCAACCAAAGCUGAUCUUCUCUGUGGAGGCUGUUAUCUAUAACAGCAAAGAGCACCGCCACCUGGAGAAGCUGCAGCAGGUGGUUAAAGGACUGCCAGACUUGAAAAAAGUGGUGGUGAUUCCUUACAUCACCUGCAGAGAGAAGAUUGACAUUUCCAAGAUUCCAAAUAGCAUGUUUCUGGAUGACUUUCUUGCUGGUGGCUCUGGUGACCAAGCUCCACAGCUGGAGUUCGAGCAGCUGUCCUUCAGUCACCCACUCUUCAUCAUGUUCUCGUCCGGCACCACAGGCGCGCCCAAGUGCAUGGUGCACUCUGCCGGGGGCACCCUCAUCCAGCAUCUGAAGGAACACCUGCUUCACGGCGACAUGUCUAGCAGCGAUGUGCUCCUGUGCUACACCACGGUCGGCUGGAUGAUGUGGAACUGGACGGUGUCUGUGCUUGCUACGGGUGCGUCCCUCGUCCUGUAUGACGGCUCCCCACUGGUCCCGACGCCCAAUGUGCUCUGGGACCUGGUUGACAGGAUAGGCAUCACCAUCCUCGGAACAGGGGCCAAGUGGCUGUCCGUGCUCGAAGAGAAAGACAUGAAGCCAGUGGAAACCCACAGUCUACAGACGCUGCGCAUGAUCCUGUCUACUGGAUCUCCGCUGAAAGCCCAGAGCUACGAAUACGUCUACAGAUGCAUAAAGAGCAGUGUCCUCCUGGGCUCCAUCUCAGGUGGCACCGACAUCAUCUCCUGCUUCAUGGGCCAGAAUCCUUGUGUCCCUGUGUACAAAGGGGAGAUUCAGGCCCGGAACCUGGGCAUGGCUGUGGAGGCAUGGAGUGAGGAAGGAAAGGCCGUCUGGGGGGAGAGCGGUGAGCUGGUGUGUACAAAGCCGAUUCCGUGCCAGCCCACGCACUUCUGGAACGACGAGAAUGGCAGCAAGUACAGGAAGGCGUAUUUCUCCAAAUUCCCAGGUGUCUGGACACAUGGAGACUACUGCAGGAUCAACCCCAAGACCGGGGGCAUCACCAUGCUUGGCCGCAGUGAUGGCACGCUCAACCCCAAUGGAGUGCGAUUUGGCAGUUCGGAAAUCUACAACAUUGUGGAAGCCUUCGAAGAGGUGAUGGACAGCCUAUGUAUCCCCCAGCCAAACAAGAAUGGGGAGGAGAGAGUGGUUCUCUUCCUGAAGAUGGCCUCUGGACACUCAUUCGGGCCAGACUUGGUGAGGCGGAUCUGCAGUGCCAUCCGCAUAGGCCUGUCUGCCCGGCACGUGCCCAGCCUCAUCUUGGAAACCAAAGAUAUCCCGUAUACGCUUAAUGGCAAGAAAGUAGAAGUGGCUGUGAGGCAGAUCAUUGCUGGCAAAGCCGUGGAGCACCGAGGGGCCUUCUCUAAUCCCGAGGCACUGGAUCUGUACCAGGACAUCCCUGAGCUGCAGGACUUCUGACGGCUGGCAUGGCACUUGGUGGCACACGUGCACUCUGACUCCUAUGUGCUCGACACAUUACUUGGAAACCUACAGCUGUUUCAAAAGGAUGCCUGUGCCAAGCGCUCUGUAGUUUGGGGUGGGGGAAUAGGUUCUGUUCUGUAGUUAAACCCAGGGGGUGCCUGGGUCUUCUGCACCCUUGAGCUGGACUCCGGACUUCAGAGACCACAGGGAGCAUCUGGAUUGCACUCAUGGCACCACGGUGACCACAUGUGUGUCUUUGCACACAUGGUGAAGAGGGGCAUAGAGUGGCUGGUGCUCCUGUGACAGGCAUACACUCCUAAGCCGUGAUCUUGCCCUCCACCUCCUGCCUCCGUUGUUCCAUUUCACUCCGUAAAGGUGCAAACCAUUUCUUCCCUUGGCACCUAUUUCUCCUCAGGGCCAUCCAUCCGUUGCUGAGAUUUAGCUGUUACGAGGGAUCCUCCUGCACAACUUGACACUUAUUUUCCUGGCUGGCUGUUAGGCCUGCGCUGGCCACUCACACAUUUUCUGCCUCAUGGGCAGAAUUCCAGGAGGACUGUGUGUCACACUCCAGCCAAAGAGCACCUCUCAGCCAGCAGGAAGGUCUUUUCACUCUGUAACAGGAUCUCUUUAUUGCACAGACUUUGCAUUUAAAUGUAUUUAAUGCCCAAGUAUCUGGUGUGUGGUGUAUGAUACAGUGGGUGUCCACUCUGGGUUCUUAGCGGAUGCCUCCCCAGCCAGUGCCCUCACGAGGGUCCUCUGGAGACAGAGCCGCCUGGCCUCAGGAGGAGUGGAAUCUCUGCACCACCUCUGCCUGAGAGUUCUUGGUGUGUACAUGCUGAAACUAUGUCAUCAGCCCUUACAAGUGCAGUCAUGGGCUUCGACAAUCAGGUAGUUCGUAUGUACCUUUAGCAUGUGUGUCAGUAAUCCUGAUGUUCACAUUUUAAUUUUUUUUAAACUAAGCACAAUGAAAUACUUUCCUGAAUCCUUCUUCUUCUGGAUAAUAAAAAUAU